AAGUAGCAACCCAAUCGAAGCGACAGAUUGGAACAGUAUUCCAUGGAUGGGGAGAAGAAAAUGUUCAUGCUCUGAUACUGCUCUGACACUUCUCCGCUGUUCUCAUUAUAUUAUGUGUUUUCAUUUUCAUUGUCAUUUUUAUUCUUUGAGCUAAUUGAUGACCCAACUGAGUGGGAGAAAUUGAUGUAUGCUGGUUGAGAGAAGAAACCAAGAGAUGGGUCGAGGGAUCUCAGCUCUACUGCGCCCACGCUACCUUCUCAUCUUCCUCCUCGCUUUGGUUCUCAUAUAUUUCGCUUCCUCCUCAUUUCACCAGGAGGAAGAAAAGGUGGAGGAGGUGUUUGAAGUCACCCAUAGAGUAUUUUUGGAUGUUGAUAUAGAUAAGCAGCGUGUAGGAAGAAUUGUUAUUGGAUUAUAUGGCAAAGUUGUGCCAAAAACAACGGAGAAUUUCAGAGCUUUGUGCACAGGGGAGAUGGGGAAGACUGCUAAUGGUAUUACACUUCAUUACAAAGGAACACCAUUUCAUCGCAUAAUACCUGGGUUCAUGAUUCAAGGUGGAGAUAUUGCAUAUCGUGAUGGAAGGGGAAAUGAUUCCAUAUAUGGUGGUAGCUUUCCUGAUGAAAAUCUCAAGAUUAGGCAUUCCCACCCAGGUGUCGUUUCCAUGGUGAACUUUGGACGUGAUUCCAAUGGCUGCCAGUUUUUCAUAACAACUGUCAAGGCAAGCUGGUUGGAUGGGGAGCAUGUUGUCUUUGGGAAAGUUAUCGAAGGCAUGGACACUGUAUAUGCGGUUGAGGGCGGGGCAGGAACCUACAGCGGAAAACCUAGGAAGAAGGUAAUCAUCGCUGAUUCUGGAGAGAUACCUAAGAGCCAAUGGGAUGAGGAUAAUCGGAGUUCAACGACGUAAGUAUUAUACACCAGCGGAGAUUGGCUUCACUUUGGGAAUGUGAUGCCAUCUCUUUAGUAGUAAGCUAAUUAUGAAGUCUAGUAUUGGACUCUUUAACCAUCAAUUUGGGAAGCCAUUAUUGUUUUUUAAUUCUAUUCACUAAUUGUGUGUAUAUUUCUGUUUAAUGGAUUGAUAUGUUCAAAUUCCACUUGAAUGACUGAUGUUUUCGUUUGAGAGCAGAGAACAGUUUGAUAUUAACAGCAGAAUAUGAUAAAUCACUAGUUUAAUUUU